AUGUUUGCUAACUCUGUGGUGUGCCCCCAGGCAUGCAGGGGACUCCCAGGCAGGGAUGGCAGAGAUGGUACACCUGGGAAUGAUGGGAAUCCAGGCACAGAUGGGAAUCCUGGCGAUGAUGGGAAGCCCGGAAAUGAUGGAAAUCCUGGCAGAGAUGGGACGCCAGGCAAUAAUGGAAAUCCUGGCAGAGAUGGGAAUCCUGGCAGAGACGGUAACCCUGGGACAGAGGGCAAACCAGGCAAAGAUGGCAGAGAUGGUUUACAUGGCCAAGACGGAAAAGAUCUCCAGGGUCCUCCCGGUCCCGCUGGUCCACCUGGCCCUUCUAUGACAGACGACAGAAUCAAACAACUUAUAAAAGAACAUGGUUUACCACGUAAUACGACAGGUGGCGGAUCAGUGUACACGAGAUGGGGGAGAACUAAGUGUGGUGCCUCUUCUAAACUUCUUUAUGAAGGUUAUACUGCUGGAUCCUACUUUGGUCAGAAAGGUGGGGCUAGCAACUACGUCUGUCUCCCUCGCGACCCACAGUGGGGCAAAUACCAAGAUGGAAUCCAGAAUUCUGGCCCUGUCAUUUACGGCACAGAGUACGAAAUGGGAUAUUACUCCAAUGAUCCUUUCCAGAGGAUCAAUGUUGGAGGCAAGAAUUUCAAGGACCAUGAUGCUCCAUGUGCUGUUUGUUACACCCAGAACCGCACCAGUCAUGUUAUGAUUCCAGCCUGGAAGACAUGUCCUGCCGAGUGGACACUGGAAUAUCAUGGCUACUUGGUUGCCCAAUUCUAUUCGCAAUAUAGAACUGAAUUUGUCUGUCUUGAUGAGGCUCCAGAAGCAGUCAGAGGAGGAGAAAUCAACAGAAAUGGUGCCCUUUUCUAUGUAGUUCAAGCCAAAUGUGGUCAAGCUCUCCCAUGUCCGAAUUAUGUUGAAGGGAGAGAACUCACCUGCGUUGUGUGCUCCAAGUAGGUGAAGUGUGGUUAAGUUGUCACGCAAUUAUGUAACUCGUGGCAGUUUGCAACCAUUACAAUAUCUUUAUGCCAUGAAGUAAUGAGAGUAUUCAAGACAAUAUUCAGAGCUCUCUCUUCCUCUCUAAUAAUGAGUUCUUAAUAUAUUCAGAUUGUCAUUACACGGAAGGUUAUCUGUAUCUAGAAUGGCACCAGCCAACACUGAAUUGUUUGCCGAUUACCAAUUUUUACUGUACUCUGGUUGAACAAAAGGAAAUUCGGUUUCCAUUUCUGAUGGGGGUGGUUAAUUCAAUUACAUGGAAUUUGAUCAACAGUUUUCAGAUAUUUGGUUUUAACAAAAAUAAUACAAUACUGGGCAAUA